AUGGCGGCGUCCGUGAGUGGCAGUUCCUUAGAAGAUAAACUUCUAGAGGAGACUGCAACUCAAUUCUUUGAGAUGGUGCCUAUACGGAGGAUGAAAUGGGGCAAUUAUCAAUUUGAAGGCUCUGAAGUAGGACCUGACACCCAACGCAAAGUUCUGACUGCCACAGUCACAAGCCCUCUGUGUGAAAAGUACCCACCAUCUCUAAGCUACCAAAGAAGCUUUAUGAAACACUUUGUGCAUAAACUUGAAACUUGUGAUGCUGAAAUCUGUGAUGAAGUCUAUGAGGCUUAUACCGAUAUACUCAGUCAGAAGGAAGAGGAAGAUGACACACUAUGUUACAAGACUUACUCUCUGCCAUACUCAAAAACAGUCAGUCUUCAGGAAUCUGUACACCUGGUGGCACAAGGAACAACUGGACUGAGCACUUGGCAAGCUGCUCAGCAUUUAGCUGAAUGGGCAAUAGAAAAUAUUGAUGUAUUUCAGAAUAAAAAAAUUUUGGAAUUGGGUAGUGGUCUUGGCUUGACUGGGAUUGUCAUCUGCAAGCACUGCCUCCCAGCACAUUUCUGCUUUACUGAUUGCCAUCCUCAAGUGCUGUACCUACUGUCUAAGAACAUCGAGCUGAACUUCAUUUCAAACAAUCAAAACAAUGACACCCAGAACAGCACACAAAAAGAUAUUCAGUUGUCACCUGUCAACUCCAACAAUCAUAAUGAUGAAAAGAUCAUGCGGAAAAUCCGUCGUCAACUGAGUCUCAGUGCAGACAACAAUCCCUCAAACGACAUGACAGACAUUAUUGAAAUCUGUGUGUCUCCCACAACUCCACCAGGCAGUGAAGAGGAAGCCAUCCACAAGGAACUCAUCAAUGAGCUGGCAGACUUUGAGCUGCAUUCCAAACUCUGGAAGAAAGAUUCAGUAACUCAUGUUGCUACGUUGAAAAAGUGUGAAAAGAUUAGCAUUGCUAAGUUGGACUGGGAGUCAUUUGAUGACAAUCUGCUGAGUUCCUAUUGCCCAGAAGUGAUUGUUGCUGCAGAUGUUGUAUAUGAUACCACUAUCAUUCCAUCCCUGGUCUUAGUAUUAAAAACCUUGUUAUCCUUGACCUUAGAGAAUGGUCAAAAACCAGUUGCAUACAUUGCAUCAACUGUGCGCCAUGAGGACACACGAGAUCAAUUCCUGUUCACUUUAGGUGUCCAAGAACUUCAUUUUGAAUCAAUGGUGCCUCCGAGUGAAUAUAUAUUUCAUUACGAUAGAGCUGUGCCUAUUGAGCUAUUAAAGAUAACUGCAAUGUAA